AAAUACACUGCAGGAGUCCCACUCGCCUCUCUCUCUCUCUCUCUCUCCAUCUACACGAGUCCAAUAUCCCGACGAGGAGAAGGGGAGGCCGCAUCGCAUCACACGCCGCACCAACCGCCACCCGAUCGGAUAUGGAGGCCAGCAACGGCAAGCGGCCGCAGGGAGACGACGACGAGGCGCCGCCGCCGCCGCCGCCGGCGGGGUCGAUCGGUGGGUACGAGUCCCUGCACAGGCUCCUCGAGUCCAACCUCUCCCCCGACCUCUUCAAGGAAGCAAGCCGGUUGCUGCUAGGACUGAACUGUGGGCGUGCUCUUGAGGCCAUCUCACUGCCUGAAGCCACAUCUGCUCUUGCAGAAGCCCAUGAUUUUGAUGUGCAGGCCUUCCGUUUUGAUGCAGAUAAAGAGUAUCUUAGGCAACCAAGGGUUGUUCGAGUUGGCCUAAUUCAGAACUCAAUUGCUAUUCCUACCACUAGCCAUUUUGCAGAUCAAAAGAAGGCUAUCAUGGAGAAAGUCAAGCCUAUGAUCGAUGCAGCUGGCUAUUCUGGUGUUAAUAUUUUGUGUUUACAGGAAGCUUGGACUAUGCCUUUUGCCUUCUGCACACGUGAGAAAAGAUGGUGUGAAUUUGCUGAGCCUGUUGAUGGAGAAUCUACCCAGUUCCUUCAACAACUUGCUAAGAAAUAUAACAUGGUAAUUGUGAGCCCAAUCCUUGAAAGAGAUGUAAACCAUGGAGAGAUUAUGUGGAAUACAGCUGUUGUCAUUGGUAAUCAUGGGAACAUAAUUGGUAUACAUCGAAAGAAUCACAUUCCAAGAGUUGGUGAUUUCAAUGAGAGCACGUACUAUAUGGAGGGUAACACUGGGCAUCCAGUGUUUGAAACAGCUUAUGGCAAAAUAGCAAUAAACAUCUGUUAUGGAAGGCAUCAUCCCCUUAAUUGGCUUGCUUUUGGCCUCAAUGGAGCUGAGAUAGUGUUCAACCCAUCUGCAACUGUUGGUGAACUUAGCGAACCAAUGUGGCCCAUUGAGGCAAGGAAUGCUGCAAUUGCAAAUAGCUACUUUGUGGGAUCAAUUAACCGGGUUGGCACAGAGGUCUUCCCAAAUCCUUUCACUUCUGGCGAUGGGAGACCACAGCAUGCCGACUUUGGUCAUUUCUAUGGAUCCAGCCAUUUCUCUGCACCUGAUGCUUCUUGCACACCAUCACUGUCUCGCUACCGAGAUGGCUUGGUAAUAUCUGAUAUGAACCUCAACUUAUGCCGCCAGAUCAAGGACAAGUGGGGCUUCCGCAUGACUGCCCGUUACGACAUGUAUGGUUCCUUGCUUGCGAAGUACUUGGAACCAGAUUUUAAACCUCAAGUCAUUGUUGACCCGUUGAUCAAUAAGAGUGCAUAAUGCUGAAACGAUGCUUGAUCAGUGGGGGAGCGGGGACCCAAAGGGCAGCACUUAAUUCUAGAACGUUGAUCAAUAAGAGGGGUGUAAUUCUGGAAAAUGAUGUUUGAUCAACAAGGCCCAAAGGGCAGCAUUUAGUGCUGUGAUUUCUAUGGUUAGAAUUUGCAGGUUGAGGGAAUAGUCUUUUAAACUUGUGCAGUUGGAGAAAUUGUGUGUGUGUGUGUUUUAGUUUUCAUAUGUAAAGAACAAUUCGUGUACAUGUUUUCCUAGAACCGACUUGGAGUUGGAAAUAUUAAUACUCAUUUUGCUUUCUGUUGUAAUUUGCAACGCGUAUGGUAUAUAAAGAUCAUUAAAUUACUCGUUUGUCCGCACUGUUUA